AUAACGGGAAUUCCCAUGGCCCGGGCUUAGGCGUCCAACCUGCUGCUGCCUGGGCCCCGCCGAGCGGAGCUAGCGACGCGCGCGGAGCACACGCUCGCGCUCCAGCUCCCCUCCGGCGCGGUUAAUGACUGUGUCCUCUGCCCGCAGCCUCUGUGAGCCCCCGCCGCAGGACCGCUGCCCGCUCCCCGCCGCCGCGAGGGCCCCGAGCGAAGGAAGGAAGGAAGCCAGACGCGCUGUGCGCCCCGCGGAGCCCGCGAACCCCGCUCGCUGCCGGCUGCCCAGCCUGGCUGGCACCAUGCUGCCCGCUCGCUGCGCCCGCCUGCUCACGCCCCACUUGCUGCUGGUGCUGGUGCAGCUGUCCCCGGCUCGCGGCCACCGCACCACAGGCCCCAGGUUUCUAAUAAGUGACCGUGACCCUCAGUGCAACCUCCACUGCUCCAGGACUCAACCCAAACCCAUCUGUGCCUCUGAUGGCAGGUCCUAUGAGUCCAUGUGUGAGUACCAGCGAGCCAAGUGCCGAGACCAGACCCUGGGCGUGGUGCAUCGAGGUAGAUGCAAAGAUGCUGGCCAGAGCAAGUGUCGCUUGGAGCGGGCUCAAGCCCUGGAGCAAGCCAAGAAGCCUCAGGAAGCUGUGUUUGUCCCAGAGUGUGGUGAGGACGGCUCCUUUACCCAGGUGCAGUGCCAUACUUACACUGGGUACUGCUGGUGUGUCACUCCGGAUGGGAAGCCCAUCAGUGGCUCUUCUGUGCAGAAUAAAACUCCUGUAUGUUCAGGUUCAGUCACUGACAAGCCCUUGAGCCAGGGUAACUCAGGAAGGAAAGUCUCCUUUCGAUUCUUUUUAACCCUCAAUUCAGAUGACGGAUCUAAGCCGACACCCACGAUGGAGACCCAGCCGGUGUUCGAUGGAGAUGAAAUCACAGCUCCAACUCUAUGGAUUAAACACUUGGUGAUCAAGGACUCCAAACUGAACAACACCAACAUAAGAAAUUCAGAGAAAGUCUACUCGUGUGACCAGGAGAGGCAGAGUGCCCUGGAAGAGGCCCGGCAAAAUCCCCGUGAGGGUAUUGUCAUCCCUGAGUGUGCCCCUGGGGGACUCUAUAAGCCAGUGCAGUGCCAUCAGUCCACUGGCUACUGCUGGUGUGUGCUGGUGGACACAGGGCGCCCGCUGCCUGGGACCUCCACACGCUACGUGAUGCCCAGUUGUGAGAGCGACGCCAGGGCCAAGAGUACAGAGGUGGAUGACCCGUUCAAGGACAGGGAGCUACCAGGCUGUCCAGAAGGGAAGAAAAUGGAGUUUAUCACCAGCCUACUGGAUGCUCUCACCACUGACAUGGUUCAGGCCAUUAACUCAGCAGCACCCACUGGAGGUGGGAGGAGGAGCACAGCACUAUGUCUGAGAAAGAUGAAGACAGGGUUCAACAGGCCCACAGACGGGAGCUACUGGAGGCGGCCCGUGGCACUCCGCUGCUCAGUCUCCGAGAUAGAGAGGAUGGCAUACAGAUCUCCGAGAAGAGGGAAGAGGUGAAUUUUGAAAAGGCACGUUCAGUAUUGUUGGCCUUUAUGUUAUUUGUGUUUAGAAUAUGAAAAAAAAUACCUGUUGUUUCAUGCAAAAACAGGCAUGAAAGAUUCAUACGUUCAGUAUUGUUGACCUUUAUGUUAUUUGUGUUUAGAAUACGAAAAAAAAAACCUGUUGUUUCAUGCAAAAACAGGCAUGAAAGAUUUAUGUUUUGUGUUUAUAAUUAUGUUUAGAAGAGAGGGAAAAAGAAAAAAAAGGAGGUCCAUGGGCUUAAAAAUUUCUGGUCUGGGGGCUUCCCAUUUACACCUUCCUGCAGGCUCCUGGCACUGCCCCCCAGCGCAGGGGUCCCACCUGUAGUUCUGCCUGAGUCCUAAGGAGGCAGGACUUCAAGCUCCCCCUGGCUGCUUUCCCAAGAGCACUGCGUGGUCUCCGCUGUAGGUGGGGGACGCAGAUGGGCCCUGCUGCCAGGGGAAGGAAGGUAGGUUUGUGCCUUAUCCUCAAAUGACAGACAGAAGGGAUUUUUACAGGCAAUGGAAGCUAAGAAAUUUAUGAUUUUUUAAUAUCAGUGUGUCCUUAGGGAAGAGGAUCUUUUUUCCAUUCUAUUUUAGGUGUAAUUUAGAGUUGGAAGAGAUUUUUCAAAAAAAUAAUUGUUUUCAAAACAUGUUUUUCAUUUUAAGCUCAUAUUAGCUUGACUAUACUUGGUUUAGAUGGGAAUGAAAGAUUUGAACUGCCUUUGGUAGUUAUGUUACCUAGAGGCUGGACUUUAGUCAAAAGACAGACAAGAUGCUCCAAGAAAUAGUUUAGAAAUCAAGGAAGUGGGUAGGGGAAGGGAGAAGAAAGAGAGAAACUGCUAUCCAGGAAGGUAGCUACCAGGGUUACCAGCGUAGUAACAGGUUUUAAGGCCGUCCCAGAUCUUCCCACUAUAUUCAGCAUAAGCCCUAACUCUGACCUGGGCUGGCCCUUCAGGACAACCUAGCUGGCCCCACCUCUCCUUAUAUAUUCCUUUCCUUCCCACCAUUGUGUUCCAGGCACUGGUUCUCCUGGUUCUCCUCAGUUCUGGUUCCUCGAACAAGUCAAGCUCUUGCCUGUUCCAGGACCUGUAUGUCAGUUGCUCCUAGAAUUCAGUUCCCCAUCUUCCAAUGACUGGCCCCUGCUUAUCUAUUUAAAUGUCACCUUCUCCAGGACCACUCAAUCUGCAAGAGCUGCCUGUUUACCCUGUACCUCAGCACCCCUUUUAACUCUCAGCCUAGCAUAUAUAAAGGUCUGAUACUUUGCUGGCUUGUUGAUACAUUGUCUGUCUCCCCAAACCCAGUGAAAAUUUAAGUUCUAUGAGAGAAGAAACAUUUUCUGUCUUCUUCCCUCCUGUAUUCCCAGAGCUUAGACUAGUGCCUGGAACAUAGUAGGUGCCCAAUAAAAUAUGUUAAAUGAAUAAAUAGCUAGAGGGACAGGGAUAGAUGGAUGAAUCCCUGUUUUGAUAAGACCUCUUUCUGGCACACAUCAGAGGGUCUACCCCGACCACCAAAAGACCAAGUAUAAGGCUGGAGCCAGCUGUCAAGUUUACUGUGGUGCUAUUUUGUAACCAGGGCCUGAGGCCACCCUGGCCGGGACCCAGGGACUUGGAGCACCGUGCAGACAGACCUUGGCCAGUUGUCCCUCUUGUGUGAUGGAGGAGCAGAGGCAUGGGGAAGCUGGAGGUCAGGUAGCAUGUCUGGAACAGGACUGACGAAGACAAUUAGGAAAUCCAGGCAUCCUGGGUUUUGGCUUUGACUGUGGAGUUCAGGCAGAGUUGGGGCUGCAGGCAUGAGGUUAAGGAAGCCACAUCUGAUCCCUCCUUUAUCCUCUCAGACUCUAGUAGUUAAAGCUAGACAUCAGCUGAGGCCAGGGAAACAGUCCCACUUGGGGACAGUGGGAAAAAGGGAUAGAAGAUGUUUGAACAGUACAGAAAAAAGGUGUCUUCCUCCCAGUCUACUUCCUGUCGGGCAUGGAGAUGUUGGCUUUGCAUCAACUCUCACGUUUCAACCUGCCCCUGGUAUGAGCUCCAUGCUAGGUUCUGGGGCAUCUGAAGAAAAGGGGAUAGUUUCUGGCCUGGAGGGGAGAUACAGAACAACCGCAUGACUGCAGUACAAAGUCAGUGGGAUAAUAGAGGCUGAGAAAGUGUUGUAGGGACCCUGGGAAGCCAGGGCGUGCGAGGAAAGGCUUUCCAUGGGAGCGACCGUGGAGCCCCAUCUUCACUUAUGAAUGGGAAAAUGCCUGACCUAGAUGGACCAGGGGUAAGGGCUUUCCAGCAGAGGGGACCAUAUGGGUAGUGAGGUGUGAACAUUGAACAGGGUAGGGAGUGUGGAGGGAAGUGUAAGAAGUAAUAUGGUUUACGUUUGGCAGUUGGGUUGGGGAGAUGAGGCUGCAGAGCUGGACAGAGCCCAGCUGGUGCCAGGCCCUGGGAUUCAAGAUGCAGGGCAGAAGGGAGCUGCAGGGUUAGGUGGACAUUUUUGCAGAGUCAUCCUGAUGGCACUAUGGAAGGGAGAUUGGAGGGGAGCAAGGUAGACAGGAAGAUGAUAGCAAGUGCCAACGUGAAAGGUGAAGAGGGCAUGGACCGUGGGAAAAGGAUGAUUUGCUGAAGCUUUUAUAAAGAAAUCAAUAGGAUUUCAAGACUUGCUAGAUGUGGGGAGUGGAAGAGUGGGAGGCAUUUACUCCCUUUUCUGGCCUGAUUUAGUAGCAAAAAGCAGUGCCACAAAUAUCUAAAAAUAGAGUAGAAUGGGGUGUCUGCGAAAACUCUAUGGCAGGUGCAUGGGAGGGGGUGCCUUGCAAAUGUCAUUGGGUGAUAGUCCCUCACAGUGAAUGUUUUCUGGGUGAGUGAGUUAUCCCUUUGGCCCCUCUGGCCAGGGCUCCAGGAGGCAGUGCUCCCCGUUAGAUCAGCCUUCCCACGGCACCCAUUAGCAUUUAUCAGUCCCAAAGGAAGAUUUCUGAGAUCUCAGCCGGCAGAGUCUUCUAGAGCAGGGGAACCCUCUCCUGGCUCCACCCUCCCCUACGGAAAGUCAACUUUGAGGGGAGGUGGGAAGGGCUGUGUGAGCCUCUUGGCCCUUCACGUGGUCCCCCGAGGGGAGACCGUACUGUGGCUUCCUCCUUCCUGCCCAGUGUGGUUGCCCGUUGAUGGCUUUGCAAGGAAGAGGCUGGAAUGUGGCUGACUUGGCAUUUCCCAGCCGCACCCGCACAGCUGGCGGGGCCUGGACCCAACUCCAGAUGGGGCUCAGUUGGUCUGCUUGGCUUGGCUAGUGCCUCCAGGCAGUCCCGCCUUACCUUCUCUAAAACUGCUUAGGACAGCAGAACUGGGCCCAAGAUCUUGGCCAAAGCAGGUUUCCUUGUGGUAAGCGGAGCUGGCUCUCCAGCUGUGCGUUGCAGCCAAGGCCUGGCGAGGCUGAGGCUGCAGAAGCAAAACUGAAAGUGCUGUGGGAGAAGGGUGGCCUGUGUCACCUCUGAAACUGGGAGAAGGCUCCGUGGGGCCAGUUUGGGGAGGAACUUGGCUCUAGUGGGUUUCCUCAUCCUGGAGGCAGAAGUCAACAGGACAGCCACAAAAACAGCCCAGAGGUAGGGCAGACACUAGCAUUGUCUGGCUCAUGUUGUCUGAACCAUAGUCUUCUAAAAUCUGGAAUUUGGUAUCAUUUGGGUGUGUCUUUUCAUACCAUAUCCAAGGAAACUUGGAUAUUUUACCUACCUAGUGAGCCCUUUUAGUAGAAGUAGAACUUUACCCAUGGAGAAGUCUGCAGUGUGGACAAGUGAGUGCUGUUACGCUGAUCCUGCGGAGCCCUUGCUCCCUCUCACUUAGGUCCCCAGCCUUUGCCUGAUGAGCAGCUUUGAAUCCAGCAGUCCUAACCUCCAGGAAUAUAUGUGUGCUCAUGUGAGACAGGUUGGGAGCCUGAGGCCAGUGUAAGCCUGGAGCUGGGAGGGGAAGGGGCAAGGCUUUGGGCUUUCUUGGGCUAUGGCUUUGUGGUUGAGGGGGUCUAACUGUGAUGGAAAGUCUCCAGCAAAGACUGCUCGAGAGAUUCCUGAAGCUCUGGGGGAGGCCUCCCUGCUCCAUGUCUAUCCAGCACUCCCCCAGGAAAAAUCUCAGAUUCUGUUCAGUUAACAGAGGCCUCUUGGGUCUUCUUUUGUACACACUUACUGCUAUGCUAGGACUCCUGCUGGAUCUCAGUCUUAGCCAAGAGCUUGUACAAAGCAUAGUGGGUACCUGCUGUCAACUUCAUCUGUGACUUAAGGCUGUUGCCAGGUCAGAAACUUGAUUUACAGAGUUUUUAAAUCCAUUGCCUUCAAUAGUUUUGUUGGAAGUAGGGAAACUAUCCCCAAACCCCUCCAGCUGCUGUCUUUUGUCUCACUCCAUCUUCUUUAAGCAUCUUCUUCUUGGGCCAUGGCUAGAGCCUCCAUUCCUCUAGAUCAAGGGUUUUGUUUGUUUGUUUGUUUGUUUUUUGUCUUUUUUUUCUUUUUAACCUGAGUCCAUGGACUUUGAAUGGGAUUUAGGGAGUCCAUUAAUCUCCUAAAAUCUGCAGACUUCUUUGUGUAUGUCCAUUUCUCUAGAGAGAGAGCUCAUAUCUUUGUAUAGGCUCUCAGAGGGUUCAUAAUCCCUCAUGGACUCAAAGCUGAAAAUUUCUGCUAUUAAUGUACUUGGAGUUUGGCCUGGCCAAAGUGUUGAAUUCCAAAGAUGACCCUAGGGCUACCCAGCUUACAGGUAGAGGUAGGGCUCUCUUACUUGGGAGUUUGGGAGUUGUUUUGGCAGCCAAAGGAGUUCAGAAGCAGAGAGUAUCAUGCUAGCUGGGAAGGAGGGAGGAAGGCAGCAGGACCCUUGGGCCUCACAGGGCAGGCUGUGGGUCAUGGCAGUGUUAGACGGAGCCCAGAGGCACUCCUUGGAGGGGCUCAGAGAAUCUCUCCUGAGGAAGUGAACGCUGCACAUCUCCACCCUGGCUGGGAGCCAGGCGGGGUGGGGGGCAGCAAUCAGAAGCUGUGGCUGCCCUGCACUGGGAGGUCUUGGUGGGAGUGAAGAGAGUCAAAAUGUUGUUCUUCUGGCAAGGAGAUGUCAAGAAGGGAAAAUCAGAAGAAAAGCAGGGAAAGGGGCAGGAGCCAGAUGAUGGUCACUCUCAGGCAUGUAAGGAAACUCUUGGAGGUUGUAAAGUCAGAAGAA